AUGACAGGCAUGCGGCUAGGUGGAGUUAGAAGGAUAAUAGUAUCACCGGAUAUUGGAUACCCAGAUAAUGAUUUGAACAAGUUAGGCCCAAAACCAACAACAUUUUCGGGACAAAGAGCCCUAGAUUUCGUUCUAAGGAAUCAAGGAUUAAUAGAUAAAACUCUCCUGUUUGACAUUGAGCUUAUCAGAAUAAUUCCAAGUCAAUAG